AUGCAGUCUCGGGGUUGCGACAAUUCGGCCGAGCGCUUUCCUGCACUGCCCAAGGCAGACAUCAGCAACAAGCUUUCCCUUAGCUCGGAGCAUCAACGAUGCAGCAUCGGUCCUGGAGACGAUGCUUCCCUCGUGGCGGCCUGCUACACCUCCCUUGUGCGAGUCUUCCACGUCUUUAGAAGCAGGGCUGAGGCAGAGCUCCUCUCGCAGCUGGCAGUGCUGCUCAUGCCGGACGAGCCCAUUGCCGAGGCUUUCCGUGAUUUUCCAGUGAAAAAAUGCAAGGACUGGGGCUCCAGCAGACUCUGCCCAGAUUUCGCAGCGCACAGUGUGCUGAAAGCGACUGGUGCUGCACUGUUCAUCGAGUACGAUGGGUAUUAUCGUCACAUGGAGCCACUGGGCAUGGCCAGGGACAUGCGCAAGACAAGUGCGCUGCUCCAGUUCGCUCCUGCUGGAUCUGUCGUACUGCGUAUCGCGCACAAGGAGCGGAAGUGGAAGGACAAAUCCAUGCAAAUACUGGUGGACCGGUGGCACUCCGAGAAUGCUCCCUCCCUGCGCAGGCUCGUUUCACAGCUGGAGGUUUGUAACCCGCUGCAGAUCGCCCAGCACGCAAAAAAAUUUGCAGUGGAUGCAGAGCUGGUUGGCGCCGCAUCUGAAAACAACCUACUGGCAUUGCAAGAGCUUCUCCAGAAGGAGAUGCCGCUGAGCACUGUCCAAAUUGCCAAGUCGAUUGAGAGGUUUCCUUCCGUGCUCGGCUUGAGCCUUGAUGCGAACCUGAAGCCAACAGUUGAGUGGAUCAAGGGACUGGGCCUGAGCCAGUCGCACGUUGCCAAGGUGAUUGCAAACUGUCCGCAGGUGCUCGGCUUGAGCAUUGAUGCAAAUCUGAAGCCAACAGUUGAGUGGAUCAAGGGGCUGGGCCUGAGCCAGUCACAGGUUUCCAAGGUGAUUGUAACGCAUCCACGAGUGCUCGCCUACAGCAUUGAUGCAAAACUGAAGCCAACAGUUGAGUGGAUCAGGGGGCUGGGCCUGAGCCAGUCGCAGGUUGCCAAGGCGAUUGCAACUUGUCCGCAAGUGCUCGGCUACAGCAUUCACGCAAAUCUGAAGCCAACAGUUGAGUGGAUCAAGGGACUGGGCCUCAGCCAGUCGCAGGUUGUCAAGGUAAUUGCAACGCAUCCACGAGUGCUCGGCUACAGCAUGGAUGCAAAUCUGAAGCCAACAGUUGAGUGGGUUAUGGGGCUGGGCCU